AUGGCUAUUACUGAAGAUAUAGAUUCCCAGCGGCAGCUUGUGAACCAUGUUCUUGCGGCGGUGCCGUUUGGAAAGAACGAGCAGAGACCGAGUUUUCUCGAUGUGUAUAACAUAUCUACAGAAGAUAUGGCAGCACUAGACUUCUCUGAAAGUGCCUGGGACCUGCGGUUUUCGCUUCUGACGAAUAAGUUAUUGAAGUUGGGGAUUUCGUUUGGCAAUUUGUUGAAGAUGCUUGAGAACGAGCAGCGGGCUUAUGAAGCGAAAGAGGCUAGGGAGGCCCAGUUGGCAAGGAAUAAGGCUCCCAGCCAGGCUGUGGACCCGUUUAGCGAUGGCUACGAGGCUCAGAAAUCUACAAAAGUGCAAGCUUUUUAUAUAAGGUUUGCCCAGAACUUGUUUCAUAUUCUUAAGAACUUCGAUAUAGGCUCCUCGCCUUAUUCAGCCCAGAGAACCAGGCCAGUGCCAACAGAUAGCGACCAGACAUCGGCUAAUGGGUCUCAGACAAGCGCUGGCGGCGUCAACAGCUCUCCUAUCAAGCUCAGCUCUCGUCAAUUGCUUAUUGAAAAGUUGGAGAUUAAUAUCCGUCUAGACGCCUUGUUCACCUAUAAAGUGGUGCUCCUUCUUCUCCUCCAGAUCUACGAUAUCCUCACUCAGCUGCUACAAGACUUUCCAGAAGAUAAUAACAUUGACAGGAUAGGCCUGCGGAGUGACGCAGACACGUCAUCUAUCUUAUCGUAUACAUCGCUCAACCUGAGCGGCACGCCCAAUUCUGAGUUUGUGCUGUCGACCGACGACUAUAUCCGUCUAUCACGGGCUAUUUUACACCGUAUAGAUGCUGGUAUUGUCGGUCCCUUCGUGCAAACGUUGGUCACAGAACUUGUGGACACGAACGUGGCUGCUGGCUUUCAAACCCUCAUUACCAACAUCUAA